ACCUCGGAUUUUAAUCUCCUUGCAUGAGGCAAGUCGAGCAGCUUGGGGGUGGGGUCGUGGGUGCGAGUGGAAAGGCUUAGACCUCUUGAGAAAGAGACACGAAGACUUUGUUGGGAGACUGGAGGGCUCGUCUUCAAAGCCUUGGUCAAACAAUCUCCCGCCCAAUCGUCCUAACCUAACCCUAGCCUUGCUUGCAGAAGAAGCACCUAGGAACUGUGCUGGCGGCAGCAGUCACCAACAGCAGCAGCAGCAAUAGCAGCAGCAUCGGGUGAGGGCAGCAGACGUCUGAGCGUGCUCAACGUCCCCCUCCUCUCCUCUCCCUCCCUCACGGGAGAAGACAGCAGUAUGAAUUGGAACUCUACAUAGAGAGAGACAGACAGAGAGGGAAGGAGAGGAGGAGGAGGUGGGGAAACAGCUGAAGGGACUGAGCAGAAGGCGGAGGAGGAGAAAGAAGAGGAGGAGGAGAGCUGCUAUUUGAUUGCGUCUCCCUCCCUCUCCCGGGCUGAGCUGCUUGUCGCUGAUGCUCUAGGUUCGCUGAGAAUUUGCAGCAGGGAGUGCUACCGGGAAACCUGAUACAAUAAGGCUUCCUUUCCUUCGGUUCCCCUGCUUCCACCCAUCCAUCUACCCAGAGAUCACCCUAUCCUCUCUGAGGGAGAAGAAGAACCAGAAGGGAAAAGAUAAGAUUCCUAAGGUGCUUUUUCUUUUCGAGUUCCUCGCCUGACAAAGAAAUCGAUCCUAUUCCAAUGGCUCUUAUUAUGGAACCAGUGAGCAAAUGGUCGCCGAGUCAAGUGGUGGACUGGAUGAAAGGCCUGGAUGAUUGUCUUCAGCAGUACAUUAAGAAUUUUGAGAGAGAAAAGAUCAGUGGUGACCAGCUGCUUCGAAUUACCCACCAAGAACUAGAAGAUUUGGGAGUCACUCGCAUUGGCCAUCAAGAACUUAUAUUGGAAGCAGUUGAUCUACUAUGUGCACUGAACUAUGGCCUGGAAACUGAAAACCUCAAAACCCUUUCUCACAAGUUAAAUGCAUCUGCCAAAAAUCUGCAGAAUUUUAUAAUUGGAAGGAGGAGGAGUGGCCACUACGAUGGGAGGACUAGCCGGAAAUUGCCCAAUGACUUCCUGACUUCAGUUGUGGAUCUGAUUGGAGCAGCUAAAAGUCUGCUAGCAUGGUUGGACAGGUCUCCUUUUGCUGCUGUGACUGACUACUCACUCACCAGGAAUAGUGUCAUCCAGCUCUGCCUGGAGCUAACAACAAUUGUCCAGCAGGACUGCACAGUAUAUGAAACAGAGAAUAAAAUUCUCCAUGUGUGUAAAACUCUUUCUGGAGUCUGUGACCACAUUAUCUCCCUUUCAUCUGAUCCCCUGGUUUCACAGUCUGCCCACUUGGAAGUAAUCCAGCUAGCAAACAUCAAGCCAAGUGAAGGGCUGGGCAUGUACAUUAAAUCAACAUAUGAUGGCCUCCAUGUAAUUACUGGAACCACUGAAAAUUCACCUGCAGAUCGAUGCAAGAAAAUCCAUGCUGGUGAUGAAGUGAUUCAAGUCAAUCACCAAACUGUGGUGGGGUGGCAGUUGAAAAAUUUGGUGAAUGCUCUACGAGAGGACCCGAGUGGUGUUAUCUUAACUUUGAAAAAGCGACCUCAGAGCAUGCUUACCUCAGCACCAGCUUUACUGAAAAAUAUGAGAUGGAAGCCCCUUGCUCUGCAGCCUCUUAUACCUAGAAGUCCCACAAGCAGUGUUGCCACGCCUUCCAGCACCAUCAGCACACCCACUAAAAGAGACAGCUCUGCUCUUCAAGACCUCUACAUACCCCCUCCUCCAGCAGAACCCUACAUCCCCAGUUUUUCUACUCUCCUUGAAUCAAUUUAUGAUGAGCCAUCUCAAGUUGGAAACCACCUUGGUUCAUGGUCUUCCUUCUUAUUAGACAGGGAUGAAAAAGGAAACCUUCCCUGUGAUGAUCUCAGUAGGCACCUAGUGGGCAAGCCAGUGCAUAAGGGGUCCGAAUCUCCAAAUUCAUUUCUUGACCAGGAAUAUCGGAAGAGAUUUAAUGUGGUGGAAGAAGAUGCAGUUUUAUAUUGCUAUGAAUAUGAUAAAGGAAGAUCAAGUAGUCAAGGAAGAAGAGAAAGUACUCCAACUUAUGGCAAGCUACGGCCUAUAUCUAUGCCAGUGGAAUAUAAUUGGGUGGGGGAGUAUGAAGAUCCCAGUAAAAUGAAGAGAGAUAGUAGAAGAGAAAAUUCCCUACUUCGGUAUAUGAGCAAUGAAAAAAUUGCUCAAGAAGAAUACAUGUACCAGAGAAAUAGCAAGAAAGAUACAGGGAAAAAAUCAAAAAAGAAGGGAGAUAAGAGUAAUAGUCCAACUCACUAUUCCUUGCUACCUAGUUUACAAAUGGAAGCAUUAAGACAGGACGUCAUGGGCACACCUGUGCCAGAGGCCACCUUGUAUCACACAUUUCAACAGUCUUCUCUGCAACAUAAAUCAAAGAAGAAAAACAAAGGUCCAAUUGCAGGCAAGAGCAAACGACGAAUUUCUUGUAAAGAUCUUGGUCGUGGUGAUUGUGAAGGCUGGCUUUGGAAAAAGAAAGAUGCCAAGAGCUAUUUUUCACAGAAAUGGAAGAAAUAUUGGUUUGUUUUAAAGGAUACGUCCCUGUAUUGGUAUAUUAAUGAAGAAGAUGAAAAAGCAGAAGGAUUCAUCAGUUUGCCUGAAUUUAAAAUUGAUAGAGCCAGUGAAUGUCGCAAGAAAUAUGCAUUCAAAGCUUGUCAUCCUAAAAUUAAAAGUUUUUACUUUGCUGCUGAACAUCUGGAUGAUAUGAACAGAUGGCUAAAUAGACUUAACAUGCUAGCUGCUGGAUAUGCAGAAAGAGAAAGGAUCAAGCAAGAACAAGAAUUCUGGAAGUCUGGAACUUCCAGCCCACACCGGCAGAUUUGCCCUUUUUCAUUUGAUUACUGGAGUGAAAGUGACAAGGAAGAAGCGGAUACUCCCUCGACACCCAAACAAGACAGUCCCCCACCCCCCUAUGAUACAUAUCCAAGACCUCCUUCAAUGAGCUGUGCCAGUCCAUAUGUGGAACCCAAACACAGUCGGCUCUCCUCUACAGAGACCUCUCAGUCACAGUCCUCUCAUGAAGAAUUCCGCCAAGAAGUGGUUGGGAGCAGCGCAGCCUCCCCUAUCCGCAAGACAGCCAGCCAGCGAAGGUCCUGGCAGGAUUUAAUUGAGACUCCCCUGACCAGCUCAGGAUUGCACUACCUUCAGACUCUACCCCUGGAGGACUCAGUAUUCUCUGACUCGGCCGUCAUCUCCCCAGAGCACAGGCGGCAGUCUACUCUUCCAACUCAAAAAUGCCAUCUGCAGGAUCACUAUGGGCCAUAUCCCUUGGAGGGAGAGCGAAUGCAGGUAUUGAAUGGAAAUGGGGGCAAGCCUCGCAGUUUUACUCUUCCCCGGGAUAGCGGAUUCAGUCACUGCUGCCUGAAUGCACCCAUUAACGUAUGUGACCAACCUGAGGAUGCACAGCAGACAGAGGUAGAGGAGGAUGAAGAAGAGGAGGAUGAAGAGGUGGAAGCUGCAGGAGAAAACAUAGGGGACAAAAAUGAAAUAGGAGAAGAAAACCUAGCAGACUCAUUGCAAGAUUUAUACAAGGCGUUGGAGAGAGCCAGCUUGUCACCUCUGGGGGAACACCGAAUUUCAACCAAGUUGGAAUACAAGAAAUCUUUCAUAAAAAGGUGUAGUGAUCCAAUAGUGAAUGAAAAACUGCAUAGGCUGCGAAUUCUAAAAAGCACUUUAAAGGCUAGAGAAGGAGAAGUAGCCAUUAUAGAUAAAGUUCUAGACAAUCCAGAUUUGACAUCUAAAGACUUUCAAGAGUGGAAGGAGAUGUACCUUGAUCUCUUCUUGGAUAUCUGUCAGAAAAGCACCCCAAAUGACCCAUUAAAUGUUUCUUCUGAAGUAGAUGUACUUAUAUCCUCUCUAGUGCAUACCCAUUCAUACAUUGAAACGCAUGUGUAAGCGUCUUGUCUUCACGCCAUCUGCCACAGUCCUGUCCUUUGAACAAGUGCAUAAGGUAGUUUUUAUAUUCAUGUGUGGGAAACUUGGUAAAUUAUAUUUUAAUGUUGCUGAACUAUAUGAAGUAAACCUCAUGAUAUCACUGUCUUUAAUGAACAUUUGUAUAUUUUAUAUGCGACCAGUGCUCGGCUUGUGUUUACCUUGUGCAAAAUAAACCGUCUUUAAUAAUUUAAAAUUAAUUUUUGCAAAUAGCUGUGGAGACAGAAAGACCUCAAGUAGUAAAUCCUGAAGACAGUUUACUAUUGGACCUUUACUGUCCCUUUAAGUUAAUUUUAUAUGAAACAAAACUUUAGAACUGAAUCACAUUUUUCAGAUGCAGACAUCUUGUGGGAAAGAACAUAAAUCUUUUAUAUUUAUUAAAAUGUGCUAAGAAUUUUCUUAAACACUGCACAAAGUUUAAUGCUGUAGUUUUAUUUUUGUGAAAUGUAGGUUAGUACAAGAGAUAAGCAGAAUAGAAAAUCAUUGCUAUAAGAAAAGUUCAGGUAUAAGGAUAUCCAUGUCUUAAUAGCUAAAUAACUUUUGAAAGCUAGAAAAUGAAAAUGUUAUUGCAAAUCUACAGGAACACUAAAUGGUAUAUCAGGGGAAAGCUUUGUAAAUUUUUUUUUGUAAAAAAAGAAAACCAAAAUCAAAGAGAUAGCUGCUUUAUUUUUUCUUGGUUUAAAUCUUUCUUUAUUUUUCUAGUGAUGGGAUGUUGUGAGAGUGUAUAGGAAUUUAAGUAUCAAUUUUUUUUAACAGAUUUAACUCACCUAAUAAGGCAGCUACACAAGUAACACCAAUCUCAUAUUUUGGAACUAUAAUUUUAAAAAAAAUACCAAAUAUAAAUUCAACAAAUUAAUUUUACAGUUAGCUUACUUGUUUUCCUUAUUAAUGAAUUUAACUAAGUAAUUACAUUUAGAGACAAGGAAGCAAAAAUAACUGCUAAGUAAAAAUUUGGAUCAUUAAAAAUUUGGGAAAUGUCGAGGAAAAAAUUAAAAUGUACUCUGUGUGGGGCAAAAGGGUACUGUCUAUUAAGAAAUGUUCCAGUGAGUUAUAUGUAUGAGAAAAACAAUGGACAUUUUUCUUAUAUUCUUGAAAUGUUAUAUAAAAUGGAGUGUGUAUGUGGGAAAUUCCUCUUCAUAUAUUUAUAAUUAUUAGCUUGUUUUUGAACGUGAUCUCAGCAUGAUGAUGAUUGUGCUGCUUCUCAGUGUCUGGCUGCAUAGUUUAAAAGUCACAAUUUGAUAUUUUCAGAGGAGGGGUCAUCCCCUCCCCAUGACUGUCUAUCCUGAGACUUACUUUUAAUCAGCUUUAUUACUGUAGCCUGUUAAGCUCAGUGAAUGUACCUUAAUCUUGAAGAGCUCAGAUACUUUCCAGUGAUCAUCCUCGCUGUGGAAGAGGGAGUGAAAGCUACACAGGGGAGCCUUCUUUUGUUUGCUUUAAAAAAAAAAAAAUUACAUAUGAAUUGCUAUUGUUUUGCAGACUUUGCACAAUUGUACAGGGAAAGUGGCCUUUCUGCAGCCCAUUUUCAGUACUUCUAUAUGUAAUCAAAAUGGAUGAGGAAUCACAUUUAAUGUUCAUAUGAUAUAGGAUUUGAGGUCCAGUGUAUUAUUUUUGUCAUUUAAAAAAAAAUCUAUUUGUACAAAAUAAACAAAAUCAACAUUUACUUACUGCAUGAGUACUGACACUGACACAUUAAAUUUGUGGAUUUGUACAUUUAGUUUGUUUUUUUUUAAACACUUAUCUUGAAAUGAAGUGUGCUCUUCUAACAAGCAUCAAAAGGCCUGUUGUUGUUUAAUGGACCAAAAAUAUAUAAAUAUAUUCAUAAAAAUAUUUGACACCAAUGGAUGGGUAAUGCACAUAGGACAGGUGAUAUCAUAUGGCCACCAGGCAAUUAAAGAAAGGAUCUAAUGGUCUGUUGCUAUGUAACAGUUGUUCUGCCUAAACUUUACUUUGGUUAACAGUGUAAAAAAAAAAAUCUUUAUACAUUUAAAACAUUCAUGGAUAGCCUGGCAUGAAAAGUGUGCAUUUGAACCAUUCAUUGUGAUGCCUUCUUGAAUAGCAUUUCAAAUGCUAGCCUGACUGUAUUCAUUUCUGUAAACAUUUAUUAAGCACCUACUGUAGGUGUUGUAUUAACACAGGACCUGGAAGGUAAGAGAGAGCACUAUAGUGAGAAGUCAGAACAAAUGCAGCUUUCAAAGGAAUACUUAUAAAGCAUUUAAUUUAUUAAUAUAAAACUUUUAUGGAUUUCAUACCCCUGAAACUUAGUCAUUUAGUCAUCCUGCUAUAUUAAGUAGUUUGAAUGUUAUGCUGUGAGUGGCCAAGGCUGUUUGGUUUAAACAAACAUUCUCUCUGAGACCUUUAAAAACUGAAUUUCCCAGUUCAUUUUGAACAAAAUUAAACCUUCAUCUUACUGUGUAUUCUGAAAGGGAAAGAGAGAGAGAGAAAAAGAGAGAGAGAGAGAGAGAGAGAGAGAGAGAGAGAGAGAGAGAGAGAGAGAGAGAGAAAUCAAGAAACAUUGGGCAUAUCUCAAGAAUUUUCACUUACGGACGGAUACAGAAAAUACUUUAUUUACUCUUAGAUCCCCAUAUUAACUCUCUUCAUUACGAACCCUAAUUACUGUAGUGUUAGUGAUACUAAAAUUUGAUCCAAAAUCAUGCCAGAAAUUUAAAAACAACAACAAAACACUAUCCAAAGGCCAUGCCACAAAAGUUACUUUCCCAAAGAUUUUGUCUUUCAGUUCCGUAUUUUCAAGAGAUAUUAGAGUAUAAUCACAAUUAUAGCUAUGAUAUAGAAGAUCAUUUCUUCUUCUAACAAUUUUAUUCUGUUUAGUGAGUAUUUUCUUACUCACAAUUUACAAAAAUAAUAUCAUUCUAUUUUUGUUAACAUUUUCCAAUACUUGAAAAGCUUCACUUUUCAUUUUCUUUCUUUAGCUUUGGCAUAAAGAUGAUUUCCAUUUAAUACCUUGUAAAACUAAUUUUAAGUGACAGGUU